CCCUCUUUCUCGCAGGGGUUCAAAGGCAGCCAGGGAGACAGCGGCAUCGAUCUGAGCGCGGAGUCGCGGGAAUCUUCGGCCAGCUCUUCCCAGCGCAGUUCUCCGUACGGCACUCUCAAACCGGAGGAGCUGAGUGGAGGCGGGCUGGCCGAGGCCAAGGGAGAGGGGCCGAAAGAGCCGGCUUCGAAGCAGUUGGAUAAAAAGGAUCCGGAUCAAACCCUGACCCCCACCAAGGACCACAAACCGGGGCCCAUCGGCAACGAGCGCUCCUUGAAAAACCGAAAAGGCUCGGAAGGGACCGAGCGCCUGGAGGGCAACAUCGCCCCCUCCAACGGAGUGGAGAUUCACGUGGAUUCGGUUCUCCCCGUCCCGCCCAUCGAAUUCGGAGUGAACCCUAAAGAUUCAGACUUCAGUCUGCCCCCUGGCUCCUCACCUGGGACCCCGGCCAACCCCGUGGCGAAAUUACAGAACGUGCUAGCCAGCAACAACUCUGCAAACCCAGCAAGGUUUAACUGUAUCCCAUCUAUGUUUCAACAGUCUGGAUUAACCCAGUCCCUCCCUGUUAUUCGAAGAGAUCACCAACUUCCCCGUUGCAUCAGCUUAAACAUAUCUUACCCUACAGCAGAUCUCAGCCUUAAAAUGGAGUCAGCCCGAAAGGCAUGGGAAAACUCUCCCAGCCUUCCCGAACAGAGCUCUCCCGGAGGCGUCAGCUCUGGCAUUCAGCCUACAUCCAGCAUUGGGGCUUCCAGUGGGGUCAGCUACAGCACCUUUGGUGGGGUUUCUGUCCCCCCGAUGCCUGUGGCCUCUGUGGCACCAUCUGCUUCAAUUCCAGGUAACCACAUCACACCCCUGUAUUUAGACGGACAUGUGUUUGCUAGCCAGCCACGACUUGUCCCCCCGACAAUACCUCAGCAACAAGGCUACCAACAGGCAAGUCACUGUUUUGUGUGUGUGU